AUGAAUUUUCAUUUAAAUGAAUUUAAUCGAAUUAGUGAUAAAGAAAUUAAAGAUUAUUUAUAUGAUGUAAUAGAAUCUAUUGGUGAGUUAAAUACUCCUGGAAAUGAAGAAAUAUCUAAUAUACAUAACAGGUUCAAUGAUUUGAAUCAAAUUCUGCAGACUAAUCCUAUAACAGCUAAUGGUGAUGUAUUAAAUUGUUUGAAGAAUAAUGAUAAAAAUAUUCAAUCAUCAACAGAAUUAAUAUUAGAUGAACAACUGCUUGUUGAUAAUAAAAUGAAAUCAAUACAAAAUAUUAUUUAUGAAGAUAAGCGAAAUUCUACAACUUCUUUGUCAAUAUGUCAUCUUUUUCUUUAUGAUAUUGAAUGUUAUAAGAAAUCUACUUGUCUUGCUCUUCCUGAAUUGAUUCAAAAUAAUAUCAAACUAUGCAAUUCUUUUCAACAAUUAUGGUCACCUCAAAUAUAUGUAACAAAAUCAAUAGAUUCUAAGAGAUCAAAAACGACAUUAUUUCAUUUUUGGUCAUUAAUUAUUCGUAUUUCUAAAUUGAUCAUUAAUGGAUUAAAUGCAUUAUAUUCUUAUGUUAUAUUUCUUCGAUACGAUACAGUAUUAUUUUGUUUUUGUUAUUUAUUAGGUAUUCUUUUUGGAAUAAAUAUAGAUUUCUUAAUUGAUUUUAUAUUCAUUAUAAUCUACAUUAUUUCGAUUUUUAUGACUACAUAUGAAAAAUGGCUUUUAUAUCAAAUUAAUUUAAAUGAAUAUAAUAGUAUUAACAAUGAAAGUCAAUGUUGGAGACGAAUUAAAUUAGUAGCUUAUGGAUUUAUUCUAGGAAUUAUUUCAAUUUAUAUUAUCUGA